AUGUCGGCUGCCAAAGAUAGUGCACCUCUCGCGACUACGUCCGGCAACUUACGCCAACCCGCUGCUGCAGCGCGCAUGGUCGGCGGCUCAGCUCAUUCUAUUUCAUCACAGCGAAUCGUCUCUUCUACGCCUCCAACAUUCACUCGCGCGCAUUAUAAUUCUAAAAUUAAUAAUAAUUCGUAUACAAAGCCUCCCGCGCACAGCUCGAAUGUCAUCCGCGCUUUAAUUGAUCAGGGAUCACAGGCGACUCUUAUAACCGAGUCUUGUGUUCAACGACUUGGUCUUCAACGGUUUCGCACUUCUACGAGUGCAACUGUCACAGGAAUAGGUGAUAAGGAUAACCAACCUCGUGGUUAUGUAAUGUGCGAGAUAACUCCGUACAACAAAUCCGAACCUAAACUUUAUAUCGAAGCGCUUAUUUUACCUAAAAUUACUAGUUAUGUACCUACAAUUCCUAGUUCAUUCGAAACUAUAACUCAUUUACAAAAUUUACCGUUAGCAGAUCCUGAAUUGCGUUCAUCUCGACCUAUAGAGUUGCUGUUAGGAUCGGAUUAUACUGAUCGUAUACUUCUUCAUAAUAUUAUCAAAGGGCCCUUAGGUACACCUGUUGCUAUCAAUAGUAUCUUCGGUUUUUUACUUAACGGUCGAAUAUCAUCAACGUUUUCUUCACAAGUUUGUGUGAAUGUUAGUACUUAUCAAUUGGAUAUGCAAAUCCAAAAGUUUUGGGAAAGUGAAUCUGUGCUUGAAACUCAGCCUCUCACUAAAGACGAGGUUCUAUGUGAAUCAAUUUAUCAAAACACUUAUUCUAGAGACUCAACCGGUAAAUACACUGUGUCUCUUCCAUUCAAAGAAAAUGCACCUCCACUUGGUGAUUCUCGUGGAAUUGCUCUUUCACGUCUUCAUAGACUUGAGUCAAAACUCUCAAAUAAUCAUGCGUUGCGAGCUGAUUAUAUCAAAUGUCUCCAAGAAUACAUAGACUUGGGACAUAUGGAACUUGUUCGAAAUCCUUCAACUGCAAAUUGUUAUUACAUACCACAUUUUUCAAUUGUUAAACAAUCUUCAACCACAACAAAGGUCAGAAUUGUGUAUGAUGCAUCUUGUAAGACCACUUCUGGUCAUUCUCUCAAUGAUAAUCUGUUGAUUGGACCUAAGCUUCAACAAGAUAUUGUUCAAGUUCUUUUAAAAUAUCGUCUUCAUAACAUUGUGUUCACAUCUGACAUCAAAAUGAUGUAUCGUUACAUUCAAAUUAGAAAUGAAGAUCGUGACUUUCAACGGAUUCUUUGGCGAAAUUCAGUAGAUGAUCCUAUACAAGAAUAUCGCUUAUGUACUGUAACUUUCGGCGUCGCAUCGGCACCUUUCCUUGCGUUACGAACACUUCGUCAAUUGGCUCUGGACGAAUCAUCAGUUUUUCCUCUUGCAUCGCAAGUGUUGUUAAAUGACGUGUUUGUCGAUGACGUUGUUACUGGAGCUGCUACGUUGGAAGAUGCCUUGAAAUUACAACGUGAAUUGACUGGUCUUUGUAGAGCAGGAACAUUUGAACUUCGUAAAUGGACUUCCAAUAAUUCUGAAUUCUUAUCUUCUAUCAGCAAAGAGGAUCUUAAUCAGGAUGAUGCACUCAUUUUAUCUAGCAUUGAUGAUGAUAACUCAGUUAAAAUCUUAGGACUCCAAUGGAACCCUAAAACAGAUACGUUUUCUUAUCAUGUGAACAUACCUUCUCCUAAAUGCACCAAGCGCAUUAUGCUCUCUGAGAUUUCUAAAAUCUACGAUCCAUUAGGUUUUGUUUCCCCUAUAACAUUACUUGUAAAGCAUUUAAUCCAACUACUUUGGAUAUCUGGAGUAGGAUGGGAUGAACAACCGCCCCAAUCUAUUUACUUACAGACAAAUGAAGAGCGUCGCAAACACACUUUGGUGUCCCAAAAGGAACCUCAAGAUUUAGAUUUCUUAGAAAAAAUUUCAUCCCUGUCAAAGCUGCUGCGAGUAGUUUCUAUGAAAUUUGUUCCGACGUCUCCUCACACGCUGUCAGCUGUCAGCUGUCAGCUGUCGCUUGUCAGACAAGAGCCUUCUUCUUCUUCAAACGCUCAACGCGGCAAGUCGGCGUUCUUCAUAGUAUCAUUACAUUCUAAAUAA